AUGGAUUCCGAUUACGGAGUAGCCAGAGAACUUUCCGAUCUGCAGAAGCUUCGAUCUCUGUACAAACCUGAGCUCCCGCCGUGCCUUCAGGGCACUACUGUUCGUGUAGAAUUUGGUGACGCCACCACAGCUGCGGAUCCCACAGGUUCCCACACCAUAAGUAGGUCUUUUCCUCACACGUAUGGUCAACCUAUAGCUCACUUUCUGAGGGCAACUGCCAAGGUUCCUGAUGGUGGUUCAGAAGGUUUAUUUGCACAGAAAACAUUAGAGGUUACUGACGAGGUUCUUGCAACAUACAAAAAUCAAGGUGGUUAUGAUUUGUUGGGACGGACACAAGAUCAAAUCAGAACGACUGAACAAGUCAAUGCAGCACAUAAUGCAUGCACAACUUUGAAGCUUGAUGCUCUUGUAAUUAUUGGAGGGGUGACAUCAAACACAGAUGCUGCCCAGCUUUCAGAGACUUUUGCAGAAAGAAAGUGCCCGACAAAAGUUGUUGGCAUUCCUGUUACUUUAAAUGGAGAUCUUAAAAAUCAAUUUGUUGAGGCAAAUGUGGGGUUUGAUACAAUUUGUAAGGUUAAUUCCCAGUUGAUUAGCAAUGUCUGCACUGAUGCACUCUCGGCAGAGAAGGUUAUUCUUGCCGAAGAAGUGGCCGCAUCAAAACUAACACUUUUUGACAUCACAAAACAAAUAUGUGAUGCAGUGUGCAAGCUAGGGGUGAACAAGGAAAUUCAUGGCUUGCUCAGGCAAGGUGUUUCUGCUGAAAAAAUUUCUGCUCAAUUGUCACCGUGGGCAUCUGCGUUGUUUGAGUUCCUGCCUCCAUUUAUUAGAAAACAGAAUCCUGUUAAUAAGUGGCGCUGUGGUGCUGCACCUAUAACAGCUAUGAUGACUGUUAGGCGCUAUGGUCAUGGUCCUGGGGCUUCAAACCUCGGAAAACCAGCUUUGCAUCCAGCAAUUGUUGAUUUGAAGGGCAAAGCCUAUGAGUUAUUGAGACAGAAUGCAACCAAGUUUCUGAUGGACGAUGUGUAUAGAAACCCGGGACCCCUUCAGUUUGAAGGUCCCGGUGCUGAUGCUAAGGCUGUGACCCUUUGCGUUGAAGAUCAGGAUUACAUGGGCCGCAUAAAAAAAUUGCAGGAACACCUUGACAAGGUACGUGCCAUAGUGAAACCUGGAUGCUCGCAAGACGUUCUGAAAGCUGCUUUGAGCGCUAUGGCCUCCGUAACCGACAUUCUCUCUGUGAUGUCAUCAUCUUCCACCGGGAACAGUCCCUGUUUUGCUGAAGAGGACGAUUGA